AUGGAGUUAUCGGCUUCUCAAAAGUAUUUGAAACAAGUGCGACAAGUGACCGAGCAACUAAGUCGGCAGAUUCCGAAGAAGGUCCAAAUGGAAGGAAACAGAAGCGGACUGAUUCAAGAGCUGGUUGGAAUCAAUGCUCGAAAAGCCCAACUUUGUGCUUGGUUUGAAGAUCCGGAUCGUGAAGGGCACUUGCGAAUGUUGGGAGGUGUUGAUCCAAGUCAAUCAGAGUUGUGGAUCAUUCUCGGUCGACUUGAAAGACGCCUGGCUGCUAAAGAAGAAGAUCUGAUAGAGAAAAAUUUGAUUUACGAAGCAAUUGGUCGAUUGGUGGAUUCUCUUAAAGUCACAACAGAUGCAAAAAAAACAUGCACAAUUCGAAACGUACAAGAUGUCAACCAAAUCCAGCACAAAUUAGUCGACCUUCGAAAGCAAUUAAAGACUGUCCACGCCGAAUUAAUCAUCAGUAGCAAUGAGCACAAUGUCCUCAAAUCAGAGCUUAAGGUAGGUAUUGAUACUCUUCACACUAACCAUCUAGAAACGCGAAAAGCAACUAGACCUGUACAUGAUAAAGAUGCUGAGUAA